GAAACAAUACCAAAAGCUAAUAGAAUGUUAGUCGUAAGUCUCCUACUCUCAGGCGCGCUCUGUGCGCCAACAACCGACGUCUACGAGAAAUCUGGCAUCAACUUGAACGAGUGGCGCGAGGAGUCCGGCGUUAAUCCCGAGGAAACGGGCGAGUACUUUGAGGGCGACAUCCUCCUCCCGGCGGACUAUUCCAAGAACGGCCUCCUAAACGAAACGUACCGUUGGACGGGCGCGGUUAUUCCCUACGAAAUUGUGGGCCUGUUCAGCUCUAGGGAGCGGGAGUUGAUAGCGAGGGCGAUGGGAGAGUACCACAAGCAUACGUGCAUUAGAUUUCGUCCUAAAACCAACUUCGACGCCGACUGGGUUACGAUCACUAGCACCAGCUCGGGAUGCUGGUCGAGCGUGGGGAGGUCCGGCGGUAGGCAAAUCGUCAACUUGCAAAGUCCCGGUUGCCUUACGAAGAUCGGGACGACGAUCCACGAGCUCCUGCACGCGUGCGGAUUUUACCACGAGCAGAAUCGCUACGAUCGCGACCUCUACGUCGCGAUUAACUGGGAGAACAUCCAAGAAACGAAGAAGACUAACUUUCGUAAGAUCGAGAAUGACACGAUUACAAUUUUCGAGAUCGAUUACGACUACGGUUCGGUCAUGCACUACUCGGCGAAGGCGUUCUCGGCGAACGGACAGCCGACGAUCACGACGCUGAAAGAAAACGUCACGAUUGGCCAACGCGACGGUUUCAGCGAGAGCGACCUAGUGAAACUAAGAAAGAUGUACAACUGCGACCCGACCAAUCAAAAUUCGAUCACGAACGGGUCGAUUAUUAUUGGUCAGAACAGCUUGAUCGAUCUAAUUUCCAUAUUACUACCGUAGAGACGAAAAAAUGAAAUUAAAGCGCUCCAGCGAUUGUAAAAUGCGCAUGAUUGUUUUAUUUGUCGCGCUUGCGCAGCCUCUCGUUUGUUAGGUGAAAAUUUACUCCUAAUGCG